GUAAAGUGGAAUAACAUGGACGACAUGACGCUGUUUUUAUUUCACGUUAAAUCAAAAUAUCGGCGGAAGUGCUCCCUAACAUACACAUUUUCUGUGAUAUUUUUAUUGUUUGUAACAUUACUACGAACAGUUUAUUGUAUAGACUGCGUUAAAACGCCCUGCGACCAUGGAUCUUGUGUUAAUCAAACGUGUGUUUGUGAUCCCGGAUGGCAGGGUGAUUUGUGUGAGAGUUGUGGGGGUCGGUUCAGGUUAAACUCCAGCGAGGCAGGUGUGAUCACAGACGGUGCUGGUAACUACUCCAUAGACACGAAGUGUGCGUGGGUGAUCGACACGGGUCUGAACAACGUAACGCUGAGAUUCCGCCUCGACGCGUUCGCUACGGAGUGUGGCUGGGACCACCUGUACGUGUACGAUGGAGACUCAAUAUAUUCAACCCUGGUGGCGGCAUUCAGUGGUCUGUUGGUGCAGCAGGACAGCAGUGGUGACAGCAGCGGUGACGG